AUGCGGUUUAAUUACUUACAGAGAGAAUUGGUUGAAACGUGUUUUAUAAAUAAUUCGAAUCCGGUGAUAAUAACUUCUGAUUUAAUCGAUGAUGGCUACAAACUUCAGAAUCCAGGUGAUAGUAACGAAAGAAUUUCUCCGAUUAUUAUAAUUAACGAUGAAUUUAAGGGGGAAAUGAUCAAAGGAUACGUUCCUACUUACCCCACAUAUGUCCUGUCAUUAAAGUCAAUUGGAAAACUGGAGGCACAAGUUGACGAGUUUAGAUCAUCGGCAAUCUGGAGUAUAAAGUCGCCUUUCCUGGUCAUCGAUACUAACAAAGAAUCGCGGUGUGCGAAUGCCGGAAAAGUACUUGGGUUUUUGUGGACAAUGGAUUUAUUGUCUGCGUACUACUUGUGUUAUGACGAUGUCAAGGAUUCGACGAUCGUCUAUACUUUGAACCCAUUCACGAAUUACGCUCCACUACCAUGGGUUAAAGUUGAUGCAUCUGAUCAAUUUGAUGACAACAAGAGCAAGAAAUGGACACUUUACAAUCUUCAAUAUUCAAAAGAUGAAACUCCAUGCAAAAAUGUGUCUUUUGAUAAGACUCAAGAAUUGGAUGGCCAUGAAGUCAAAUUCGGACUUGUUUUGAGUUCACAAAAGAAUGAAAACAUUAAGAUAAAUAAAGGAUAUAAACUCGCCGAUAGCUUUGUCUCCGAAAAAUCACUCAGUUUAUGGAGAUGGUCGAAACAUCUUAAUGUCCAGAGAUUCAUUCACUUUUUACCGCCUAGUACGAUACGUACAAUUGUAGAGAAAGGAUAUAUUGCGGAAUUAGCUAAUAAAACGCUUGACGUUCAAACAGAUAUAUUGCAAUUAGCGGAUACUAAUAACAACUUUUCAGACUUUAUAACGCACUAUCACGAAGUAACGUAUUCGAUUUUAACUAAAAAGUCAAAUUAUUUAACGGUAAUAAGCGAGAUGACUUACAAUCUGCAGUUCAUCAUUAUGACAAUAGUUGUCUUGCUAUUGAUAGCACUGAUUAUAAUAAUGAAUAACAAAUUCGACAUAAGCGGCGGUAUUAUGGACGUGAUAAAAAUGUCAGCAGGUAUGGGAGUGAUGUCACCAUUCGAUCGGCUAUCAAUAAGAAUAAUUUACUUAAGCGGCUUCUUGUUUAUUUUCACUGUAAUGCCCGAGUUCCAGGGACAAAUAUCCGCCAUUUUGUCGAAGCCUAUGCGCCGUAACAUAGAGUCGUUAAAAGAUCUGUACGAAAAUAAGUUUCAUGUUUACUAUGACGAAUUAUUAGAAAAUGAUAUUAUUAAUGAAAAAUUGUGGGUCACUGAUGAGGACAAAAAAUUUUUACAUCCAUUGGGUACAUUAGAAUCACUCAGUUGUCAAUUGAAAGCACAAGAAGAUUCAUCAAUAUCCUAUGAAUUACGUUUUAUUUUCGCGUCCGGAAAAAUAAAAAUUGCUGACAUGCAUACUGUGAGAGAAUUGGUUGAAACGUGUUUUAUAAAUAAUUCGAAUCCAGUGAUAAUAACUUCUGAUUUCAUCGAUAAUGGCUACAAACUUCAAAAUCCAGGUGAUAGUAACGGAAAAAGUUCUCCGAUUAUUGUAAUUAACGAUGAAUUAAAGGGGGAUAAGAUCAAAGGAUACCAUCCCACGUACCCCACAUAUGUCCUGUCAUUUGACUCAAUUGAAAAACUGGAGGCGCAAGUUGACGAGUUUAGAUCAUCGACAAUCUGGAGUAUAAAGUCGCUUUUCCUGGUCAUCGAUACUAACAAAGAGUCGCGGUGUGCGAAUGCCGGAAGGGUACUUGGAUUUUUGUGGACAAUGGAUUUAUUGUCUGCGUACUACUUGUGUUAUGACGAUGGCAAGGAUUCGACGAUCGUCUAUACUUUGAACCCAUUCACGAAUUACGCUCCUCGACCGUGGGUUAAAGUGGAGGCAGCUGACCAGUUUGACAACAACAAGGGCAAGAAAUGGACACUCUACAAUCUUCAGUAUUCAAAAGAUAAAGCUCCAUGCCAAAAUGUAUCUUUUGAUAAGACUCAAGAACUGGAUGGUCAUGAAAUUAAAUUCGCAAUUGUUUUGAAAUCACAGAAGGAUGAUAACAUUGAGAUAAAUAGAGUAUAUAACGUUGUCGAUAGUAUUGACACUAGAGAAACAUUACAUUCAUUAGAAUAUUCGAAAUGCAUGAAUGUCCAGAGAUUACUUUACUUUUUACCGCAUCGUACAAUACUUACUAUUGUUGAGAAAGGAUACAUUGCACAAUUAGCGAAUAAAACGAUCGACGCCUAUGCAGAAAAGUUGCAAUUAGCGGAUACUAAUCACAACUUUUUAGACUAUAUUACGCAUUAUCACGAAAUAACGUAUUCGAUUUUAACUAAAAAGUCAAAUUAUUUAACGGUAAUAAGCGAGAUGACUUACAAUCUGCAGUUUAUUAUUUCGACAAUAGUUGUCUUGAUAUUGAUAGCAGUAAUUAUAAUAGUUAAUAACAAAUUCGAUAUAAGUGGGGGUAUUAUGGACGUGAUAAAAAUGUCGGCAGGAAUGGGAGUAAUGUCGUCGUUGGAUCGGCUCUCGAUAAGAAUAAUUUACUUAAGCGGCUUCUUGUUUAUUUUCGCUGUAAUGCCCGAGUUCCAGGGACAAAUAUCUGCCAUUUUAUCGAAGCCUAUGCGCCGUAACGUAGAGUCAUUAAAAGAUCUGUACGAAAAUAAGUUUCACGUUUACUAUGACAAAUUCUUAGAGAAUGAUAUUAUUAAUGAAAAAUUAUGGGUCACUGAUGAGGACAAAAAAUAUUUACAUCCAUUGGAUCCAUACGAAUCAUUCAAUUGUCAUCGGAAAGCACAAGAAGAUUCAUCAAUAUCCUGUCUUUCUUCCACAAAUCGUCUCUUACAUUUUGCGUCAAAAUCAAAAUAUUUUUAUGUUUCGAAAGAAGUUACUUUUAAAAAAUAUUUCGUUUAUUGGACACGAAAGGACUGGGCUGUCAAACAUAAACUCGAUAAAAUUGCAUCGUUAUUUGCGGAAUCGGGUCUUAUCCAUUAUGGGGUUGGCAAAAAAAAAAAAGAUUAUUCCAAGAAAAUAAAAAAAUUGAAUAAAAUCGAACAACGAGGAAAUUACGACCAGGUUGAUUUCGAUCAUUUGGUGUUUAGUUAUAUGUUCACUGGGGCAAUUUUACUUUGGAGUUUGAUUAUCUUUGGAAUUGAAGUUCUCUUCCACAAGCAUUCGAAAAUUUGCAGAGAAGUUAGAAUGCGCAGAUAUUUUAGAAAGAAAGUUUCUGUAAGAUCGCAGCCGAGAAUUGUUUUCUUUCCUGGGCGGAUGGUUCUCCUAAACAACCGCAAUCAAGUUUAAAAUAUAUAUUAAAUAUAUACUCACUGCAUAUUUUAAUUUUGUGAAGGUCUUCUUAGCUUUAUAGUAAUUGUCUGGUUUUUCAGGAGACUUUGUUUCUUGUUGAUAAUUUUGUAAAGUUUUAACUGCAAGUUUUCUGACUGACAUUUUGUAUUUCGCACCUCAAGUGCGAAGCGCUGUGCGCUUUACGAUCGAAAUUAUUAACUCGACAAAUUCACUCACGGUACAACAUACCUAUGCUCUUUCGAUUACACUAAAUUGGGUUAAAUUGUAUACUAGUACAAAGAUAAUUUAUUAAAGAAUAAUUCCAACCCGGUAUUAAGUCGAUUUAGUAUUCCAUUGAUUCAAAAUAAAUCGUUCAAAUCCAAGCGCGGCAAAGAGGCCCCUUUAAAUAUACGG